AUGGAAAAAUAUACAUGUUUGGAAAUAAAGCUUUUGUCACUGUUUUUGAUUCUAGGAACCGUUUCGGCGCUAAAUGACCAACAAGUUAAUGGAUUUUCUAAGGUUUUGGAUGAAGUGAUAAAAUGUAAGAAAAUUCCUGGAGGGAUAGUUACUGUCGUUGAGAAUGGAAGUACCGUUUUUACGAAAAGUUUUGGCUAUUAUGACCUAGAGAAAACUAAACCAAUUAAAAACGAAACAAAAUUCUGUUUGGGGUCACUCACCAAAGCUUUCACUAGUGCUGUUAUAGCCAAACUGCUUAGUGACCAUGAGAGCUACACAUGGGAUACACCUAUCGCUCAGAUUAUGGGACCAUCGUUCCGGCUUGCAAAUGAUCUUUUGAGCAAGAACGUCAACUUUCGGGAUCUUCUGGCUCACAAAGUCGGCGUACCCUCCAACUUUGGCCCUCUCCUGGUAGGCUUCCCGGAAAACUUGACAAGACAGCAAUUUAUUGAAAUGUUACCUUACCAGGAACCUAGUGAGCCCUUCAGAACAAAGUUCCUGUACAGUAACUACAUGUAUACGCUAGCCGGCUAUGUCGCAGAACGGAUGAGUGGGAAAUCUUGGGAGGAAUUGGUCAGAGAAAUCUUGUUUCAGCCUCUUGAAAUGGACGGCAGCGGUUUUGUAAAUGAGGUGAAAAACUUCAGCGGAUUCUCUCCUGCCUUUGUAUAUGUUGAUGAAAAACUAGAUUAUGUCGACAAAAAUUUGUUGUAUUCGGUAUCGCCUAGUGGACCAGCUGGAUCGAUAUAUUCCACAGCGGAAGAUAUGUCAAAGUGGAUGAAUUUCCACCUUGGAAAUGGUUCCACUACUAAUGGAAGCGAACUCAUAGCAGAUGCCUACUUCUCAGAACUUCAUAGGGAACAAAUAAACACGCCUUUUUCAGAGAACAACUUGUAUAAACCCAUCCAUCCAAUUUCAGACAUGACAAUAUCAUAUUGCCUUGGUUGGAUAUCGUCAAUAUACAGAGGUUACCGGAAGCUAUGGCAUUCGGGAGGCAUCGCUGGUUUUUCUUCCAUGUUAUGGUUGUUCCCUGAUCUGAAGUCAGGGGUAUUUGUUGCACUUACGGGAGCUAAGGACAACAAACAUGCCCAUCCUAUCUAUGCUAUCGUUAGCCAAGCAGCCGAUUUGCUACUAGGGGAAGAACCUUGGUUGAACCAAUCAACAGCCUGUUCUUUUCCCGCGCCCUGGAAAGAGGUCAAACCGAUUCCACGUGCUACCAUUAAUGAAACACAUCCUAAGGGUUACUGGAACAUAAGCGUGUCCCCAGAUGUAUAUGCCGGUUUGUACGGCCAUCUAGCAUUUGGUAAUAUCACAGUUAAAGCAGAAGAAGAUAGGAUGUUGUUAUACUACGGAAGAUUUGGUGAAAUGAUGAUGCUACCCAUCAAUAAAAACAUAUUUUUUGGAUAUUUCUUAAAUAGCCUUUCAUUUGUGAGUAACUCUGAUGGAAACACGAGACCAUUUGUGAUUGAAUUCAAAUUCAAUACUGACAACACGGUUGAAAGCCUGGAAUAUCCAGUGGAUCUUAUGAGACCACAGAAAACAUCUUUCAAAAGGAUAGAUAAAUUAAGAAAUUUUAAUCAUAGGGGUAUAUCUAAUUCACUGAAACCCAAGGCAGAAAACAAAGGUUUCAGGACAGCUUUGUCAAUGGCUGCAGCUUGGUGCUUAUUUCAUUGACCUAUAAAAAGAUACACAGCUCACCAAUAAAAAAAAAGCAAUUCCAAUAAGUCAUGUAAAUGUGUUUUAAUUGAAACAAAAUAUUCAUAAGGCAGUUAUCAGUUGAUUAUAAG